ACCAUCCAAACGAAAAAGCUGUUCCUCUUCACUGCGUCUUUCUCUGUACAAACUCUCUCUCUCUCUCGACGAACAAAGAAGAAGAAGCGAAGCAAAGAUGUUCAGGAACCAGUACGACACAGACGUAACAACAUGGAGUCCCACUGGUCGUCUUUUCCAAGUAGAGUACGCCAUGGAAGCCGUCAAGCAAGGCUCCGCCGCGAUCGGACUCAGAUCUCGCUCCCAUGUAGUCCUCGCCUCUGUCAAUAAAGCCCAAUCCGAGCUCUCUUCUCACCAGAGAAAGAUCUUCAAAGUCGAUGACCACAUCGGUGUCGCCAUCGCUGGUCUCACCGCCGAUGGCCGUGUUCUGUCUCGUUACAUGAGAUCUGAAUCCAUCAAUCACUCUUUCACCUACGAGUCUCCUCUCCCCGUUGGCCGUCUCGUGGUUCGUCUUGCUGAUAAGGCCCAGGUAUGUACCCAACGGUCAUGGAAACGACCUUAUGGUGUGGGUUUGCUGGUUGGUGGACUGGACGAGUCAGGAGCCCAUCUCUACUACAACUGCCCCAGCGGAAACUACUUUGAAUAUCAAGCUUUCGCUAUUGGUUCUCGUUCACAAGCUGCGAAAACUUAUCUGGAACGGAGAUUCGAGAGCUUCAAUGAGUCAUCAAGAGAAGAUUUGAUAAAAGAUGCUAUUUUGGCCAUAAGGGAAACUUUGCAAGGAGAGACACUCAAGAGCUCGCUCUGCACGGUUUCUGUUCUAGGAGUCGAUGAACCGUUCCAUUUCUUGGACCAGGAAAGCAUACAGAAGGUGAUUGAUACGUUUGAGAAGGUUCCCGAGGAAGAGGAGGAUGGUGGUGACGGUGAGGCCGAGGCUGAAGCUGCUUCUGCUGCACCUGCGGAACAAGGUGGUGCAGGUGAUCAAGAUGUUGCACCAAUGGAAAUGUGAGCAAGUGAGGGUGUUAGAGUUUGAUCUACAAAUAACAAGGUGUUGGUUAUAACUGUGUCGUCUUUAGCUCUUUGUGUCAAAGUUCCAAGCUGAGUUUAAAAGAGUCUAUGUCCCAAGUACUUUGGCUUUUUACUCCCGUGAAAUCUUUCUUUUUCUUUUUGUGGUUACAACUUUCAGUUGGUUACUAAAAAAUUGUAGUUUUAUUUA